AUGUUCGGAAACUAUAUUCGAUCAAUGCCCACUUUAAAUGGAUCAGAAUCAAAGAACAAAAAUAAAUCCGUUUCAAAAAAUAAUACACAUGUAAUGCCAAAACAUAGUAAAGGUGAAAGUGGUGCUGGUAAAGCUACGUCUGGUACUAGAUGUCAAAAAUGUGAAAAGUUUGGUCAUUUCACUUACAACUGUCCAGUAACUAAUGCACCUUACAAAUCAAGACCAACAAGAACCCAACAAUUAAUGAAUCCAAAAGCCAAGAGAGAACAACCCACGAUAGAAGUGCCAGAAGAGUUUAUAAGUAAGAAAGGAAUUGCAGAUAAGAUAUUAGAAAAGAAAGAAAAAGAACGCAAAGAAAUCGAAAAUGUAAACGCUAAUGGAUCCGUAGCAUUGAAGAAAGAUCAAAAGAAACUUAAAGAUCGGAAUGGGUAUGUGAUUUUAUUAUCAGUUUGA